GCUAGAAGUAACGGCAGAACAACACAGAACUGAUGUAUCAAUUCAAGGAAUUAUUAUUUUCAUUGGGUUUUAAAAGCUAUAAUUAAAGUGUCUACAAUUCGCUGCAUUCAAAAUAUAUGAUCAAUAUGAUAAAAUUACUUAGAUUGACCGUUAGGAGCGUUGACCAACCAAUAAAGACUGAAAAUUCUACAGCCUUAUAUGAUUAUUAAGUUAGAUAAAGUGUAUAAAAUAAAACUCAUAAUCUAUUUUUCUAUUUCUUUUUUUUUGAAAAUGUUUGAGUUAUGUUAUUCGAUUAAUUUAAGGAGAUAAUAACGAAUAUAUUGUUCAUGGCCCUACUGUGACAUUGUUAAUGCUGACGGCUAUUGCCAAUGAACUUCUACUUUUAUUUAGUAUUAUAGCAAGAGUUUCGUUAUGAGCUAUUACAUUAUUUAAUACGCACUGAAUACCUCAUUAAACGUGAUGGUUGAAUCAACUUCAAACAUAGCAAGAAUUGACGAUAUUGUAACCGUAACAAAUGCAUACAAGGCAUACUCGGCAAAAAAAUGGGUAUUAAAAGGACUAAACAUGAAAGUUCUCCGAGGUACUAUAUAUGGGUUAUUAGGAUCAAGUGGUUGUGGAAAAUCUACACUUUUACAUUGUAUUCUAAAAACUUCUGAUUUAGAUGCAGGAAAAAUUAACAUAUAUGUAGAUAAAAUGACUAAUAUAGGAUACAUGCCUCAAGAUUUAUGUUUAGAAAAGGAGUUGACAAUAAAAGAAACUUUAGAUUACUAUGGAAAAUUGUAUAAUGUAAAUAAGGAUAAUUUGUUGAAGAAAAUUUACGAACUAAAUGACUUUCUAAAGUUGCCUAAUAGUAACAAAUGCAUAAAGAAUUUAAGUGAAGGCCAAAGUAGAAGAGUGUCACUGGCUAUAAGUCUUCUGCAUGAUCCAAAACUAAUUCUACUGGAUGAGCCUACGGUUGGGAUUGAUCCUGUGUUAAGAAAUGAGAUUUGGAAUAAAUUUGAGGAAAUGGUUCAUGAACAAAGUAUAACAAUCAUUAUUACGACGCAUUAUAUUGAAGAAGCUAAUUUAGCCAAUCGUGUUGGUUUAAUGAGAAAUGGUAUUUUAAUAGAAGAAGAUUCACCAAAUGUUAUUAUCCAGAAAUAUGACAUUGAAUCAUUAGAGGCAGCAUUUUUAAAACUUUGUAACAAUCAAGAUUUGAACAAUGAUUCAGAACCAGAUGUUUCUAUUCAACCAUGCUAUACUGUCUAUAAAAAAGAUAAUUUACCAACUUCGGAAAGCGGUGGGUCACUAUUCAGAAUUAAAGAAUUAGUUAAAAAAAAUACUAGAGUCUGCUUUCGAAAUCCUAUGACAUUAUUCAACUUGAUUAUUGUACCCAUUUUGCAAAUUUUGUUUUUAUGUUUAUGUGUUGGAACUAAUUUUAAAAAUAUGCCAAUUGUGUAUAAAAAUGAUGAAGUGGCGCUUUCAAAUUGUAGAAAUCUACAAUGCAUUUUUGACGAAACAAGCAAUGAGAUGUUGAGUUGUAACGUACUAAAUCACCUGGAAUCUCUGGAGUACAAUUUAAUAAAUGUUAAUAAUUUGGAAAAUGGUGAAAUAAGCUUAAAUAAACCAAAUCAUAUGGCCUUUUUGUAUUUCCCUCCCAAAUACACUGAAACUAUGAAAAAAUAUUUAAAAAAUAAAAUUGAGUAUGAUACAAAAUCUAUGGUUUCAGCGCAUUUUACAAAUGAAAAUUUUUUGUUUAGAAAUCAAAUUAUUAAAGAUGUAUUGCGUAUAAUAAAUAGUGAAAUUGAAGGUACGAUUUCACGUUGUAAUAUCAAUCCUAAAAUCGGAAAAUUGCCAGUAGAAAUCAAUGUAUUGUUCGGGAAGGAUGUAAAAUAUCUUAUCAACAGUCUGGUUGUUUUUUUUAUUGUUUUGAGUGUGCAUCAUUUUAGCUGCAUUUUUUCAUCAAGUUUUUUAUUGUCACAAAAAAUUGAAGGAAUAUUAUAUCGUUCAACUUUUGCAGGUGUCACGCAAUUUGAAAUGUUAUCUUCUUUGUUUUUUAUGAAUACAGUGUACAUUUCAAUUUUAUUAUGUAUAAUGAUGUUUAUCAUCUACGGGAUUUUUCUAAAUCCAUUACAAAUUACAUCUGGUUUAUGGAUGUAUUUUAUUAUAGUAAUUCUUUUAGGGUGCAUAGGCUUCUUUUUUGGAUUAAUUGCCGCUGGAAUAAUGACAGAAAGGAUUGGUGCCUUUUAUUUAGUAAUAGGUUGGUCGUUUAUGCAAUUUACUCUUUCAGGUGGAGUUUGGCCGAUAGAAGGACAACCUAUUUAUUUGAAAUGUAUUUCUAAAUUAUUACCACUAAAUAUAGCUGGAAAAACAAUGAAUAAUAUCGCGUUAAAAGGUUGGACAAUAACACAUCCAGAAAUUAUUUUUGAUUUUUUUUUGUAAAUAUAAUAUUGGAAUUCAAAGAUAACUUAAAUAUUGAUCUAAGUAAAAAGAACUCCGUGAUAUGAAUAAAAUGGCAACACAUUGUACAUCAUUGUGAGUUUAGCAUUGGUAUUUGAAAAUAAAUAUUAACUUUUAGAGUUGAUAUCUCUCUGAAAAUUGAUGUUACUAAGAUAUAAGUUAGGUGCUAAGUUAAGCUUAACUAGACCUUAUUACCUACACCUAACCUAUUUGAAGUAAUUUUUGGAUUUGAUGAAACUUAAAUAUUUUAAAUUUCUAAAUUAAUUUUUU